UCCGUGACCUCCGGUUUUUUUGCUCUCCACGUUUAAAAACACGCGUUUAGUAGUAGUAGGAAAGCAACUGCAAUUUGUAUUUUUACCAGGUAAAAGCCCACUGAGCCAAAUACAUAGCUCUUUUUAAGAAGCUACCUGGACAUGACGAAUGAUUGCUCAAGGAAGUGGCCUCUCGUCACGCCAUGCGCUUUAGCAGAUUACAAAAAAUUGCAAAAUAUCCAUUGCGCAAAUUCUGUCUAAAUCGCUGUGGCACCGGUGAACAAUGAGUGCCACCGCUUUUUUCCACUCUACGCUGUGGCCCCCCACCCCCUCAUCCCUCGAUUACUUCAAAUGCCCAGGCGCCCACGCAGGUCCGGCUCACAGCACCUAUGCUGCUCCCCUCACCGUUUGCGCCCAGAACGAUCGCAAACACGAACAAUUUGAACAUUUGAACAAAAUACAUUUUCAUUAUUUUUUGGUUGUUUGCUGUUAACCUUCGCCGGCUUAUAUUUUAAAAUUUGGCCCCAGCAUUUAUUUUUGCUCAAAGUUUUUGAGUUUUACUAUCCGAAAUAAAUUAAUUUUGACCACUAACAUUUGUAGUCGACUUAAACGCCGCGGCCUUGUCUCUCUCUGCGAAUGAUGGAGGCGCUGCUGGCUGUGUGGAUGGUGGGGUUGGUGGGUCUGCACGGAACUCAGGGCUUCCCUGGUGGAGCUCCAUCAUCUGCCUGCACCGAUAUGGUUCCACAGCACGACCCCAACACACUGACCGGCACACCCUACUCCAUCGUCACCAACAGCAGCACCUUCACCUCUGGCACCAAGGUUAACGUCACCAUCGUGGGCACCUUCAAGGGCUACUUCCUGCAAGCGCGAAUACCCGACACCACGACCAUCGUGGGCACAUGGGACACCCCACCUGCAGACAACAUCUUCGUGCUGUGCAAUUCCGUGCCAAAGGCCGCGGUGACGCACUCCACCAGCACCUCCAAGACGAACCUGAGCUUGUUUUGGAUCCCGCCGACUACAAACCCUCCCAGCUCCGUAGUGUUUGUAGCGACCGUGGUCAAGACGAAACACGAAUGGCAAAUGAACGUGCAGUCGGUAAAGGUCAAUGCCUCAGGUUAUGUAGCCACAACCAAGCCACCAGCUAAUUCCACAACCAAGCCACCAGCUAAGACGUCAACCAAGCCAGGCAACUCUGCCGGGCGCGCGGCCCUCGCCAUGUCUGGGCUCUCCCUGGGCGCGCUGCUCGUGGUCGUCACAGCCGCGUGCUGUCGUUGAUUCCACCGGCGAAGUCACGGAGUUCCUUGAGUGCGUGCAACAGUCCGGAGUGGUGACGAAAUG